UAAAAAUAAAGUAAUAAUUAUACGCAAAAAUUAAAAUCAUUAACUUAACAAAAAAAAUGUUUGUUUUUAUGCUCUCAUUAUGUAUUAACUAUCAAUAUUGUGAAGCAUUCUCAAAUAUUGCAGUUAGUUCAUAUCUAAAUGAAAACAUACAAAUAGCUGUUAUUGGAUGGUCAAAAAUAUCAUCUUGGUCUGUUUCAGCUGGGUUUGGUCACUUUACUUCAUCAAGCAUAUUUAAUACAUCAGAUUUUAAAGUAUCACAAUCUGGGAUAUACCAAGUGUUUACUACAAUAACUUUUUCUGGUGCUCAAAAUGGUGUUUUUAAAGUAGCAUUAGUUAGUAAUAAUGACUUAGUUAACAGUCACCCUGGCCUUUCCAGCUCUUUUCAAGAUUCAGUUGGAUACAAAGGUUUAUCAGUAUAUGGAACAACUCGCUUGUUCUCUGGUGAUGUUGUAUCAGUUUAUGUAUUUUCUGACUUAGACCAAAGUUGGAUAAUUUGGGGAGGUUCUGAAUCAACCAUUUGUAUACAAUUUGUUAGCUUUUACAACCAAGCUCCUGGUUUUUCUUCAUAUUUGACUCAAGAAUAUUACAUAGAAAACAAUGAUUGGAAUAGUAUUUUAAAAUGGAAUGCUAAAGGUAAGCCUGGCUUGUUUAAGAGCAGAACUGGGUUUUCUCAAGAUGUUGGAAAGUUUGUAUCUAUUUGUGAUGGUAUUUAUCAGUUUUCAGCAAAUAUUCUAAUUUCUGCUUCUAAGAGUGGUCAUUAUGAUAUUGGUAUUCUAUUAAAUGGGGUACCAGAUGGUAGCAUUACUGGAUCUGAUAUUGGGUCAGAUCCACAGAGUUUGUUAUUUUCUCUUAGUAUGUCUAUAUCAUUAAAGUUAAAUAUUGGAAAUUCAGUGGUCAUCGUAAGCAGAGGCACAGAGAGCUAUAUUGUUAAAAUGCAAAGUGGCUUUUUUGGUAUAUUGGUAAAUGAAGGUGGAUCAACACCAGGAAUUUCAAGUAUACUUACAGCGCCAAUUGUUGAUUAUGGAGGAUCAUGGUUGACCAUUCCUAUACCAAUUCCGACAUCUGGUUAUGGACAAUUUCAAACGCCUAGCAACAGUGUAAAAAGUAAUGGAAGGUUUUCAUUUACUCAAACACAAGUUUUUAUAAUCAGUGCAAUAAACAAUGUUCAAACAUCAUCUUCAUCAUUAUCUUUGAUACUUUCUCUGCAAAAUGAAUCAUCAACAUUUUCUAACCAAAGAACAGGAUUGUUUACAACUAACCUUAGAACAUCAAAAAUUUCAAGUUACAGUACUGCAGGUAUCCUUGUGUUACAGGCUGGCCAACCUUUUUUUAUAUAUUUAUAUCUUACAUCACCAGGAACUUAUUCCAUACAACCUGGGAGUCGAGUCUGUGUUGCUGCAGUUCAACAAGAGUAUGAAUCUUUUAAUGUAAUCGUUCCUUCUUCUGUAAGUAAUUAGAAAUCUUUGUUGUUUUUAUGAUUUUUUAUAAACAGAAUUAUUGUCUAUAUAAUCUAUAUUUAAUUAUUGUCUAUAUAAAAUUGUUUACUUACGAUGGCAAUUUUGCUACUUCAUUUUGUUAAAACCAUUACCCUUAAGUUAUACUAAUUGCAGAAGUACAUAAAAUUUUAUCCUUAUUUUAAAGGCUUUAAAAAACAAAUAUAUAAAAAGAUGUUUUCUUACAU